GAAUCGAAAAUGCGACGGCUUGCUGUACACAUUGCCAUUCUCUACCUGUUUCAAUGGGAAAUAGGAGCGGUGCUGAAUAAAAUCAACGAACUGAAGUCCUGGCUCGACCAGAACGUAAAAGGGCGUCAGGACUCGGACACGAUUGACACACUUAUAAUGCUGUGCGUCAUAGAAAUGAAAGAAGGAAAGAAGCUUCCAGCUAAAAUUGCCAACUUUCGGAUAACCAACAAGAACACUGUGCAAAACUACAUAAUCCUGCCGACCAUUAAAAUUCCAAACAUUACCAUCAUCUUUGCAGAUGAAAAGUUACCUGUAUCAGCGCGAUCGAGAAAACAAAAUAUAGAAGAGAAACUAGAUACACUAAUUGGAUUUCUUAAAGACUGCAUAACCAAGAAAAUAAACCUACUGGAUUUCUUAGAGGAAUAAAAGAGCUACUGCUGCUAGAUGAACCUU